AUGGAGCAAAACAAAACUCAGGUUGCUAUUAGUAAAUCUGCUGCGCUGCACCGCUCUGCCUCAAAGAGUGUGUCGAGUGAUGUCAAUCAACGAACUCAGGUCAAUCUGGCCACAUUUGUGACCCUGAUAAACCGCAGACUAACAAUUGUAUUUUACAUGGAAUUGAGUGUUGUCAUACAUAUUAAACAAAGCUGGCAAAUGAAAACUAUUCAUGCGCUUGUUGUGGGCAUCAGUCGUCUACUUUAA